AUGGAUAACAUAAAUAGAAUUGACGAUAGAAAGUCAAAGGCAAAACUAGCAGAGGAUUUUAAUGAGUUUUACACUAAGAUAACAUCUCCAGAAGUAUCUCAAAUUGGAAACUACCACAUUAUCAGAGAAAUAGGCGAAGGUGCGUUUGGUAAAGCAUAUUUAGCGGUACAUGUACUUUUAAACAUCAAGGUAGUGUUAAAAUGUGGUCUGAUUGAUGACCAUAAUAUGAUUAGGGAAAUAUACUAUCAUAGACAGCUAAAACACAAGAAUAUAGUUCAAUUAUACGAAGUCAUUAAGACAGAGAACCAUUUGUGGAUAGCGUUAGAAUACUGUGAAGGGGGUGAAUUAUUCUAUUAUAUUUGCGAGAAGAAAUGUAUCGAAUACAGCGAAUGCCAGCGACUUUUCUUCCAGAUUGUAAUUGGACUUCAAGCAGUUCAUUCUUUGAAUUUGUGUCAUAGGGAUUUAAAGCUUGAGAAUAUAUUAUUAGCAGAUAAGAAGAAAUCAUUAAUUAAAUUAACAGACUUUGGAUUUGUCAGAGAGUACAAGCGACUGUUCUUAUCAACCAUAUGCGGAACAGCUGUUUAUAUGGCUCCGGAACUACUCAAUGGUGAAAAAUAUUCGGGCUUUGCAAUAGAUAUUUGGUCACUAGGAGUCAUUCUUUUCACAAUGCUUUAUGGCGAGAUGCCGUUUGAUGAUGAUGAUGAUAUACGUACAAAAUACAAGAUCGUCAAAGAAGAGCCCUAUUAUCGGGACACUAUACCCCAAGAGACAAAAAAUUUGUUGAAAAAAAUGUUAUCGAAGGAUUCACGUCUACGUCCGAGCAUAAACGAUAUCCUUAAUUCGAGCUUUUUGAUUGAUUUGAACAAUAAGCAUACGUCGCGUAAUCGCAGGUCUGAUACAGAAUCAAUUAUAUCAAUUAAUCAACAUUACAGUUCAAACAAGCAAGCAUUUCAUUCUAGAACCGAAAAAAUCGUAUUGAAAAAAUUAAAAAAACUGUGUAUCAAUACUAAGAAGCUUCAAAAAGAUGUUCUUAAUAACGAUAUGAAUCCUCUUACUGCUUAUUUCGAGCUUGCACUCACGAGAGAGUUUUCGAAAAAAAAGAAGAGACAUUAUCAAGAAAAAAAGAGGUAUUACGAAGCUAAACAGACGUUGAAAAAAUCUAAAGCAAAAGUGAAGAAUGCCUUAAUAUCAGACACUCAACCCAUAGAAAGGAUAAUAUCUGGCUUGAGCUUAAGCUCAAAUCGAACGAGUAUGCAUAAGCUGAAUGACGCCAAAAAGGGAGAUAAGCCUUCGGAGGACGCAUAUACGGGAUUGGGUAAGACUGUAUCGUUUUCUACUAUGGAUAGUAAAGGAAGUCCAUCAAAUGCCACGACAGGAGCGACAACGGCAGCGACAACAAUGAGUGACUCCCUGAAGAAAAAACAGCCAAAGCAAAUAUUAAACAAGCUACAAUUCUGGAAAAGGAACAAAAAGGAUGACGAUUAUUUAACGACGGUAAAUGACAUGAGAUCUAGUGAUGACAACUCUAAUGAAUCAGCUGCCCUUAAAUCUGAAAAGCUGGCAGGUAAUGAACCCCCGGAUCUAAAUGAUAAAACCUUGUCUGAAAAGUCACCUGAACUUUUACCGAAGCCUGUCAGAACGCGACCCUCUUCCUUGAUUUCGCAGCUCAGUCAAGGCAGUCAAAUCAGUCAAUUCAGUCAAAUGUCAACUUUAAUGACAGAGUCUGAACUUGAAAAUUUGGACGAGACUGACACUAUGGAUGAAGAUUAUGACGAAGAUAUCUACGAGUCGAGCUUGAGUACUUCCCAGGACAGAAUACUGCUGCCUGCAUUGGCCACAAACGAUAGUGUUAAAACAACCAAAGGGAAACCGGCAUAUCGUAGGUCUGUGUCUUCUGAUUAUUCAUUAAAUGGGGCUAUUUCUAAGCAUCAUAAAAGAUCUUCAAUUUCACAACUUUCAACGACUUCGUCGGAAACGAGCUCUUUUGUGCCUUCUCCAGAUCAACAAAAUUCGAGUAUCACAUACGUCGAUUCAAACCGUCCCAGCUCCCCAGACUUAUCUCGAAGACCAAGAAAGGCGGCAUUUCUCACUUUGGAUAACCGUCAUCCAGCUAGAUCUUAUUCUCCACCGGUUAUUAAAAAGUAUAAUAGACCUGUUUCUUUUGCAAAUCGAAAUGAUAGUAGGGCAUCUUGGAAAGGAGAUUCCAAGGACACAUUUACGGAGCCUAUCAGUAAUGGCAAGACUACCCGUCCUCUUGUUAUAGAUGAGGAAGUGGAAGGUGAAUUCUGA